AUGGCUUUUGCCGAACGUACUCUUGUAAGUCGUGGCAGUAUCCAAAGACCGGUGUACAAACGUCCAAGGGAUGAUAAAACUGUCGAUUUGGUGAACCAAAACGUGGUCAUCGAUAACAGUCGCGUCGUUCCAUACAAUGCCUACAAUUUGGCUAAAUAUAACUGUCACAUCAAUUUUGAGGUGAUAGGGUCGAUAAAGACCAUGAAAUACCUUCACAAAUAUUUAGUCAAAGGCUUCGACUCCAUCAGAGUCGAAGUUGACGCAGGUAAUGAGUUAAAUGAAAUGCAGAGAUAUCUCAAUUGUCGCUACGUCAGUUUAAUAAAAGCUGCUUGGAGACUCUUCGAAUUCAAAAUGUUCGACAGAUCUCACACGGUCACGCUUUUGCCUGUGCAUUUGCCUGGCUUCCGUGAUGUCUUCUAUGACGAACAGGAUGACGUCGAUGAGGUCCCAGCAGCUCUCGAUAAACCCUCGAAAUUGGAAACCUUUUUCAUACUAAAAGCCGAAUCACCCGACGCCAGAGAUUUGUUAUAUGGUCAAAUUCCCGAAUAUUACAUAUGGAAUGCCGGGGUGCUCGAUGGAACAAACGUAGAGCGUCCAGUAAGAUGA